AUGUCUCCCGUGUCCAAGACUUGCCAAAGCUGCGCUAAUUCCAAAGUCCGGUGUGUCCGAACUGUGGAGAGUCCACAUGUAUGCAAUCGCUGCCUGCGCCUGGGCAGGGAAUGCGUCUACCGGCAUGCGCGCCGUCGGUUUAAUGGGUUCCAGAAGGACCGGAAAAUUGAGGCUCUUGAAUCUAGGGUCAGAGAGCUCAUGACCGACCACACUGCCUCAUCAGUAGACUCGAUGAGGGCACAUUCAGAGACAGUGGCUAGUAAUCAAAGUGUCUCAGCAGUUGAAGACGAUGAUGGCGACAAGGAUGUCAUCAAACGAGGCUUUCUAAGCCUGAAGACGGCUGAGAACUAUCUCGAAUCAUUCAAAACAAUGAUGACUCCACAUUUUCCCUUUGUGGUUAUCCCUCAACAUUUCUCUGCCGCUCAGCUACGGGAAGACAAGCCGUUCCUUUUCUUGGCCAUUAUGGCCUCGGCAUCGUACGAGGACAUGCCAUUGCAGCGAUCGCUAGGUGCUGAAGUCAAGAAAGCUGUUGCCUCUCGUUUGAUUUUCAAUGGAGAGGUGUCUUUUGACUUGCUGCAAGGGUUGCUGGUAUCCCUGGCUUGGUCGCAUUACCAUACAAAGCCCUAUCGCUAUACUCCAUUUCUCCAAUUGGCUGUUAGUCUCAUUAUAGACUUGCGACUGGACCGACCACCACAGACGAAAAUAUGGCAAACUAGAUUACACUUUGGGCCUCAAUGUGCAUCGGAUGAACAGACGCAAGAUCGACCAUCAUGGGGAAUUGACGAGAAAAGAGCCGUUAUUGGUUGUUACUACCUAUCAUCAACGAUUGCUGCUCUACUACACAAGCAACCUACAUUUUCCUAUAUCCCUUACAUUGAAGAAUGCUGCCAGUCUCUUCAAAAUGCGAAUGAGUCCCCUCACGAUUCAUACAUCACUUCCCUGGUCCAGUUACAGCGUAUCGCAGAGAAAAUCGAUCACCUGUCUGCUAAUCACACGCAAGAGCUAAUGAGACCUGGGUCUGGGUCAGAGCUUUAUGUGACACAUAUCAAAUCAGAUUUAGAGGCAUUCCAAGAUCGAUUAUCUUUCGACAUCUACGAGGCCCCAUUUCUUGCGUUUCAUUUCCACGCGACUGGCCUGUCUCUCUACCAGCUUUCUCUCACUCUGACUGGCCAGCAAACAAAUACGCGAGUUGUAUCCUUGCAGCCCUGGUGGGAUGAAAUGCUGUGUGCAGCGAUGAAUGCUUCUGAGUUCAUGCUUAAUUGGUAUAUCUCUCUCCCAGCUGACACGGAACUGGGAUUUACAAAUACGCAAUGGGUACAAAUGGCCUUUGCUAUGGUUGUUUUGUAUCGGCAUACUGCCACACUCGCCAACCCGAAACAAACCGCUGUAUUCCUUGAUAUCCUAGCACAGCUGCGGCAGCGGGUAGGAGCAUUGUCGACCCCCCACGUGGAUUUGAAUGGCGACCGCGAUACCUUCUUCGAUUUUAGGAGACGCAUUGUCCAAAUUCAAAGCAGGUUUGAUGUAUCUAGCAAAGAUGGCUCAUCAAGUACCGACAGGGGAAACAAUGCGCCAGUCAACAUCUCCAGUACACCCCAAGCUGAUUCUGUGAACUUGGACAGUUCGGUACAAGACGAUCUGUUUACAUCCAUAGAAUUUUCACAUGACUAUUUAUUCGAGGCUUCUAUGGAACAGAUUAUGGGCGACUGGAUCUGA